AUGCGACACGGUGCGAUAUACUGCAUCGUCUUCAUUGUCAAUAUCAAUAUCAAUAUCAAUAUCAGACUCAACGUCAGCGCCAGCACCGAUACCAUCCACAUCACCAGUAUUCCACAAGAAACCAGUGCGAGGGUCACAACAGGAGCAGCGACAAGUAGACGACAAGAGGAGGGUCUCCGUGUGUGUCUGACUCGUGGAGAGGAAGAUGAAGAUAGAAAUCCCUGCAAGCCCGCCACCGCCAGAAGUUUGGAAUUGGGAUGGGACUGGGAGAAGAGCGGGGAGGAGGAGAGGGAGUUGUAA